AUGGCAGUGACCAGUGUAAGAAAUGGGAAAGGAGAAAAAGACUGGAAGAGAAGAGCGGCUGGCAGGGUAAGGCUGGCAGGGUUGGUAGAUCUGGAUCCAGAACCAGUGACCAUAGUGGAGGGAGGAGGCCGGGAUGGACCCACCUCAGGCAGACCUCACGGCCAUCUCUGCCGACUCCGCAGCUCUUCACUGGAAAUUAAAGAGAAAGAAAUCAGAGAAAAGGGUUCCGAGAUUCUCCGGGAGCAGCUGGAUGCAGCCAAGAGGGAACUGAAACUAAAAGACAAGGAGUGUGAACGUCUGUCGCAAGUCAGAAAUCAGCUGGAGCAGGAGCUGGAGGAGCUGACUGCCAGUCUGUUUGAGGAAGCCCAUAAGAUGGUCCGUGAAGCUAAUGUUAAGCAAGCAGGAGCAGAGAAACAACUGAAGGAAGCUCAAGGAAAGAUUGACGUUCUGCAAGCGGAGGUGACCGCGCUGAAAACUCUGGUGUUGACGUCCACGCCCUCCUCGCCUAACCGCCAGCUGCAUCCUCAGCUGCAGUCCUCCGCUUCACGGGGAUCCUACAAACGCGGCGCGGGCCACAUCCGCAACAAAAGCGCCAGUGGAGCCUUUCAGAGCUCACCUGGAAAACCUGAACCUGCACCUGUUUCCAUUCAGUCGGCGGCUAAAGAUGAGCGGGAGGCAAGUUACUCUGCUUCUCUCCUCUGCUUUCCUCUUUUUUCCAUCAUCUCCUGCAUUGUGCUGCUUUCUUCUUUCUCUCUGCAGGCUCUAACCCCUUCCUGACUUUUUCUUCCUGUC